GCGCUCGCCAUGGGCCGAGACGGAAUAUCCUGGCCUGAACCGGUUUCAACCGGUCCUGGUCUUGAGCAUGAACGGAGAGGAAGACUCACACACUGGCACACACACACAUUAAAACACACACACACCACUGCUUGAAUACACUUAAUACGAGGAGAAGCACAACAAAUAAAACAAGUCGAGAGUAUAUUUUUGGAUGUGGUGUAUCCGUAAAAGCUAUCGCUGUUAGCUUCACUUAAACUGCUAGCCACGGGAAGCGGAGCAAUCAAUGACUAGUGCGUUAGCGUGCUAAUAGCUAACCGUUAGCAGCUCGGAACGGAGAUAUCAUUGACUUGUGCGAUAGCGUGCUAACUCGCUAACAGCUAACUGUUAGCCACGGAGAACGGAGGAAUCAAUGACUGGUGCGUUAGCUUGCUAACUUGCUAGCAGCUAACUGAGCGGAUUAUCAUAGAUUUUGGAGGUGAAUUGGUUUCAGUUUCUUUUGCUAUUUUGAAUAUACUGAGUGCGACCCAGUGUAGAGCAUCGGACGUGUGGAACUCUGAAAACGUUACAAGGUGUACCUGAGUGUGAGCUGAUGUUUUGUUAGCCCGAGGAGCUAAGCAACUAGCCGAUUUGAAGAGUAGUGUGGGCUUGAAGAAACGUGGACCAUGAGAUAAGCAAAGAUCUCACACUCUCCACUGAAAAUUGAACUCGCUGGUUGAAUAUACACUUUACUUGUGUAAGAGAACGGCUCUCUUGGAUCAAACAGGCUUCAUACUCAACGUGCAAGACACAUUGGCUCCAUGCCAGCAGAAAUGACCAUGUUGGCGGAUCAUGCAGCCAGACAGCUGCUGGAUUUCUCUCAGAAGCUGGAUAUCAACCUGUUGGACAAUGUUGUCAACUCCAUGUACUACGACAUCGGAUCCCAACAACGGAUGGCUCAGGAGGUGUUGACGAAUCUUAAGGAUCAUCCGGACGCUUGGACCAGGGUGGACACCAUCUUGGAGUUCUCCCAGAACAUGAAGACCAAGUACUACGCCCUGCAGAUCCUAGAAACGGUGAUCAAAACUCGUUGGAAGAUUCUCCCCAGAAAUCAGUGUGACGGAAUCAAGAAGUACGUUGUGGGUUUGAUAAUCAAGACCUCUUCUGAUCCUGUUAACGUAGAGAAGGAGGGUGUGUACAUCGCAAAACUCAACAUGAUCCUUGUUCAGAUCCUGAAGCAGGAGUGGCCCAAGCACUGGCCCAACUUCAUCAGUGACAUUGUGGGGGCAAGCCGAACCAGUGAGAGCCUCUGUCAGAACAACAUGACCAUCCUCAAGCUGCUCAGUGAGGAGGUGUUCGACUUCUCCAGUGGACAGAUGACUCAGGUCAAGGCCAAACACCUCAAGGACAGCAUGUGCAACGAGUUCUCCCAAAUAUUCCAGCUGUGCCAGUUCGUCAUGGAGAAUUCCCAGAAUGCACCUCUGGUCCACGCCACUCUGGAGACAUUGCUGCGCUUCCUGAACUGGAUCCCGCUGGGCUACAUCUUUGAGACCAAGCUCAUCAGUACUCUGGUUUACAAGUUCCUGGACGUGCCCAUGUUCCGCAACGUCACCCUCAAGUGUCUGACUGAGAUUGCGGGCGUCAGCGUCAACCAGUAUGAGGAACAGUUUGUCAACCUGUUCACCCUCAACAUGUGCCAGCUCAAACAGAUGCUGCCCCUCAACACCAACAUCCGCCUGGCCUACUCCAAUGGGAAGGAUGACGAGCAGAACUUCAUCCAGAACCUCAGCCUGUUCCUCUGUACCUUCCUUAAAGAGCACGGCCAGCUGGUGGAGAGGAAGCCCAACCUGAGGGAGACGCUCAUGGAGGCCCUGCACUACAUGCUGCUGGUGUCCGAGGUGGAGGAGACGGAGAUCUUCAAGAUCUGUCUGGAGUACUGGAACCACCUGGCAGCCGAGCUGUACCGCGAGAGCCCCUUCUCCACCUCCACCUCCCCGCUGCUGUCCGAUGUCCCGCCGCGGCGACACCUCUACCUACCCGUCCUGUCCAAGGUUCGGCUGCUGAUGGUGAGCCGCAUGGCCAAGCCUGAGGAGGUGCUGGUGGUGGAGAACGACCAGGGAGAGGUGGUGCGGGAGUUCAUGAAGGACACGGACUCCAUCAACCUCUACAAGAACAUGAGGGAGACGCUGGUGUACCUGACUCACCUGGACUACGCAGACACAGAGCGUAUCAUGACGGAAAAGCUCCACAACCAAGUGAACGGCACAGAGUGGUCCUGGAGGAACCUGAACACGCUCUGCUGGGCCAUCGGCUCCAUCAGCGGCGCCAUGCACGAGGAGGACGAGAAGAGGUUCCUGGUCACCGUCAUCAAGGACCUGCUGGGGCUGUGUGAGCAGAAGCGGGGGAAGGACAACAAGGCCAUCAUAGCCUCCAACAUCAUGUACAUCGUGGGCCAGUACCCCCGCUUCCUCCGGGCCCACUGGAAGUUCCUCAAGACCGUUGUCAACAAGCUCUUUGAGUUCAUGCACGAGACCCACGACGGUGUGCAGGACAUGGCGUGCGACACAUUCAUCAAGAUCGCACAGAAGUGCCGGCGCCACUUUGUGCAGGUGCAGGUGGGCGAGGUGAUGCCCUUCAUAGACGAAAUCCUGAGCAACAUCAACACCAUCAUCUGUGACCUGCAGCCCCAGCAGGUCCAUACGUUCUACGAGGCGGUGGGCUAUAUGAUCGGAGCACAGACGGACCAGGCGGUGCAGGAGCAUCUGAUAGAGAAGUACAUGAUGCUGCCCAACCAGGUGUGGGACAGCAUCAUCCAGCAAGCCACCAAGAACGUGGACAUCCUGAAGGAUGCAGAGACGGUCAGACAGCUGGGCAGCAUCCUGAAGACCAACGUGAGGGCCUGCAAGGCGGUGGGACACCCCUUCGUAGUGCAGCUGGGCCGCAUCUACCUGGACAUGCUCAACGUCUACAAGUGUCUGAGUGAAAACAUCUCCUCCGCCAUUCAGAGCAACGGGGAGAUGGUGACCAAGCAGCCCCUGAUCAGGAGCAUGCGGACGGUGAAGAGGGAGACCCUUAAGCUCAUCUCGGGCUGGGUCAGCCGCUCCAACGACCCCCAGAUGGUGGGAGAUAACUUUGUACCCCCCCUACUCGAGGCGGUGCUCAUCGACUACCAGCGCAACGUUCCGGCGGCCCGCGACCCAGAGGUUCUGAGCACCAUGGCAACCAUUGUCAACAAGUUGGGGGCGCACAUCACCACGGAGAUCCCCAAGAUCUUUGACGCCGUCUUUGAGUGCACGCUCAACAUGAUCAACAAGGACUUUGAGGAGUACCCAGAACACAGGACCCACUUCUUCUACCUGCUCCAGGCAGUCAACUCCCAGUGUUUCCCUGCCUUCUUGUCCAUCCCCCCGGCCCAAUUCAAGCUGGUCCUGGACUCCAUCAUCUGGGCCUUCAAGCACACCAUGAGGAAUGUAGCGGACACAGGUCUCCAGAUCCUCUACACACUGCUUCAGAACGUGGCCCAGGAGGAGGCGGCGGCGCAGAGCUUCUACCAGACGUACUUCUGUGACAUCCUGCAGCACAUCUUCUCCGUGGUCACGGACACCUCCCACACCGCAGGUCUGACCAUGCACGCCUCCAUCCUGGCCUACAUGUUUAACCUUGUGGAGGAGGGGAAGAUCAGCGCUCCUCUCAGCCCCGCCAACCCCACCAACCAGGUGUACGUCCAGGAGUACGUAGCAAACCUGCUGAAGACCGCCUUCCCACACCUACAGGAUGCCCAGGUGAAGGUGUUUGUCACGGGCUUGUUUAGCCUGAACCAAGACAUCCCUGCCUUCAAGGAGCACCUCAGAGACUUCCUGGUGCAGAUCAAGGAGUUUGCGGGCGAGGACACCACUGACCUGUUCCUGGAGGAGCGGGAGACGUCUCUGCGCCAGGCCCAGGAAGAGAAGCACAAGAUCCAGAUGUCUGUGCCGGGCAUUCUCAACCCCCACGAGCUGCCUGAGGAGAUGUGUGACUGAGCGCUCCUUCUCUCCAACACAUGAAGGAGGAGGAGAGAGGUGGACGAGACAUUGGGGUGGAGGGAGAUGCAGGCCUCUGCUCUCCUCCAUAGCUAGUAUUUCAUUGAGAUUUAGUUUGUUUUGUUGUUGGAACAAAGGUGAUUGGAUACCCGGGUGUGAGCUUGCGUGUGUGAUUGAAGACGGGGAGCAGUUGCGCCCCCAAGCACUUGGUUGUUGGUCGACCAAACCCUUGCCAUGAUGUACCGGACUGUACCGAGAGACGCCAGAAGCCCUACUGCUACGCGCUCAGGUCCCAUUUUAUAUACGAAGACUGCGUGUUUUGGUUUUGGUUUCAUUUUUUUGUUCCCAAUUCAAGCGAUUGGUUUUGUUUAUACGAUUUGUUGACGUACGUGAAGUGGAACGAAUAAAGAUUAUUUUGAUCUCUUGUAUUCACAUCCCACCCGCCCUUCCCCCUACACAGUGCAUAGUUCCUUUUUAUUUUGUCAAUAUGUAAUAUAUAUAUCUGUGGAUCCAGUCCUGAGGCAUUGAGGGCAGGCUGCGCUGCCCCCUGGUGGUCCCCUGUGCACUCGCUUGUGGAUGUAAUGCUGAGCGGUACGGAUGGACAUCUUACUGCCUUUUUUUAUUUUAUUUUUUGUGCGUGUUGGUUAUUCUUUUUUUCAUCCUUUUGUGGGGGUUGAGAUGGAGCUGGCAACCUGAACGCUCAGUCUGGACAGAAAGUGCGAAGGAAGGUUUUGUGCAUACCAUUCUGUUUGUAAAACUAUCUUAGUACUAUGGGAACAUAAAGUUGGCUAUUUUUACAAAACUUGUCUGCUUGUGUGCUGCUUUUGAAUCAAGUUCUUGUUUGAAGUGUGUCACCGAUCAUGCUGGCAAAAUGUUGGUAUACAAAUACAUUGGGCAAUGCAUAGAACACAUUCCUCUCGAAAGGUCUCUUAAGAAGCUGACCUAUGCUUCCAUUAUCAGCACAAUAAUUCCCACGUCUGCAUUUUAAUUGCUUGAGGGGGAAAAUGUGAUUAUGUUGGUAUCUUGAUUCGAUUUUCUUAAGUUUAGGGGUUUAUUCAAAAUAAAUUCUCGAAUAAGUACA